CCCAAUCGUUCGAUUUCGUGGUCACGGAUGCCCAACCGGUACCAGGUAGCUUAUAUAGCCUCCUUCGUCGUCACCUUCUCCUCCCUCCUCGCGUUCACGCGUUUUGUGAACUCGAAGCUCAACGCGGCGGGGUACUACGUAUCCGACUUGAUCUUGAUCGGUCUCCCGCGGAAAGACUACAUGGACUCCUCCAACUCCACGUCGCCCAGCCCCGCGAGCUUCUUGGGUAACAGCUCAGGCCAGCUCAUUGCAUUCGCGCUCGCGGUCGCCACCAGCGCAUUCAUUUACUUGAAGUUUGGCAAAGCUCCCAAGCGCAAGCCGGUCUUGGACCCGCAGGUAUGGCAGGAGUUCCCGCUGAAGGAGAAGAUUUCUAUCUCGCCCAACACGGCAAUCUACCGGUUUGCGCUUCCCCAUGAGGAUGACGUCUUGGGCCUGCCGAUCGGCCAGCACAUUUCGGUGUCUGCUGAGAUUAAUGGGAAGGACAUCAUGAGGAGUUACACUCCUACGAGUAGCGACGACGACAGAGGCCACUUUGACCUCCUUAUCAAGUCCUAUGAGAAGGGCAACAUCUCUCGGUAUGUCUCGCUGCUCAAGAUUGGCGACAAGGUCCGCGUGAAAGGCCCCAAGGGUCAGUUCACGUACAAGCCGUCGACAUGGCGCGUCCUUGGUAUGAUUGCUGGCGGUACCGGCAUCACGCCUAUGCUCCAGGUCGUCCGUGCCGCGCUGAAAAAUCCCAACGACCACACGAACAUCAACCUCAUCUAUGCUAACGUCAACUAUGAGGACAUCUUGCUUAAGAAAGAACUGGACGAGCUCGCUGAGAAGCACAAGGAGCGCUUCCGCGUUUACUACGUCCUCAACAACCCACCCGAGGGUUGGACUGGCGGAGUGGGUUUCGUGUCGAAGGCGCAGGUCGAGAACUAUAUGCCCGCAGCCAACCCGCAUAAUGACAUCAAGAUUUUGUUGUGUGGCCCUCCGUCUAUGAUGACGGCAAUGAAAAAACAUCUCCAGGAGCUGCAGUACCCGGCUCCGCGGACAGUGAGCAAGUUGGACGAUCAGGUAUUCCUCUUCUGAGCGGUCUAUUUGGGCUCUGGGGACAUCUCGGCAUAGAGUUGUUCAAUACACGCGCUUAGAGUGGUGCUGUAGUAGUGCUUGGUUGGUUGGUUGCUGUGCUCAAGCUGUGAAAAUACAUACUAUUGCGUUCGCCCC